AACGGAGAACGGAGCGGUGAGGAGCCUCGCUGUGUGGAAAUCCGGUGUGGGCCGCCUUCAGAAAAACAUGGAGGUGCCAAAGUUCUGGGGAUUUCUGGCAGUGACCGGCACCUCACCUCCACAUUUGCAGGUCAAGGUAUGGGAAGCAUCACCCCUUCACCCCAGACACCCUCCCCACACCCCAGGCCCCACACACCCCUGGGGAGAGGCAGGAACACACCCCAAACAGCUGUCAUGUCUCAAAAUCAAAUCAAAGGGAAUUUUUGAAGACUUGGGGUUCAGACAGUGGUACCCCUGCUUCUCCCCCAACCCCACACCCCGGACGCCCCUCCAUGCCACCCCGUGGACACCCUGGGGGAGGCUGCCGCACCCCAUGCACCCCACACACCCCAUGAAUGCCGACAGUGGGUGCCCAGAGUUGCAUCACAAAACGCAAGCCUGGACCCAGUUGACUUCACACAGUCUUCUCAGCCCUCCCACAGCCUUUGACAGCCUCCCACAGUGCAUCACAGCCUCCUACAGCAUUGGAUGCCAGAACACAGCACACCAAUCCUUCCCACAGUGGCCAGAAACAGCACACAGCAAAAUGGUUAACCAGAAUGAACAGACACACGAACUGACACACAUAGACACAGCGCCAAACGCCAUAGAGCCAACGCACAGCAUCCCACAGCAGCCAGGGGGACAGCACAGCAUCACGGACUCCCCAGACACCCUCAGAACACCACAGCACACAGCACAGGAUGAAAUAUUAAGCUUAGCCUUUGCAUCACCUGUCAUAAACAGCACUGGGGGAGAUGACAGCACACAGUGGCACACAGCAGGGACCCAGGGACUAGUGAGGACUGAACAGCAAGCCACAGCAUCACCACACCCUGUGGAUGCUGUGAGGGAAGCAGGACGACCACACACAAGGCACAAGAUUGAGAAACGGACAGAAAGAGGAACCAUCAAUUCGAAGGAUCAUUUUAAAACAAGACUCAUAACUUCUGCUGCUACUUCUGCUGCUACUACUGCUACUAUUACUGCGGCUACUGCUAUAGGGGGUGCAUCUGUGUCCUCCAGCAAUAUUUACCAGUGUAUCGAGACUUAGACAAGACUUCACCAUUAAACAAGAUGAAAAUCUCGGAACAGGGAAGGAGAAAAAUAACUCGGAGAACGAGAAGGACAAGAGGAAGGCGCGACACUGACACACAAACGCACACACACACACAAAACGGAAGCCACUACAGGCUUUAGACCUCUCAUGUGACUCUGGCAACAGUGAUCCCAGUGUUACCAAACCCCUGUGUGACUCUAGGAGCGCGGACAGCUGGAAACAAGGGCUGGGGAGGCCGGGAGUGAGGUCAGGGGUCACAGGAGAGGGAAACAGUGCUCUUCCUCUUCCUCCUCGCUGCAGUUCAGGUCACCACAGCCUUGCCGCAGCCAGCCACACCCACCACGGGCCUCCACACACCCUCACGCAGCAGUGCCAAGGCUGGACACAGCACUGCACAGCCCAGAACAGUCUAUGCCUAAUUCUCUAGUCAUUUAUAUUCAGAAUUUAACCCCCCUUGUGAGGACAGCGACUACCACCACCACCACCACCACCAGCACCAGCACAGCCAAGCAGAUGCAGACACAGAAGAAAGAUAAGAUCACAUGACCUCUCCCACACCCUUGACCUGACCAUGUAACUGGCCAGGACCAUACUGAGGCGAUCUGAGAGUCUCCUAACUUCUCUGCCCCAACCCAGCGGCAGAAAUAGCCCAAGAAGUAGCCCAAAUGUAGCCUGCCAUAAGAGAUAGCCCAGUAGCUAAAAAAAAUAGCCCAAAGAUAAGGUUGCCCAAAAAAUAGCCCAAAGAAUGUGGUUUUUUAUGUUUUAUUUAUUUAGUUUAUUUAUUUUAAUUGUAAAGGAAGUUAAGAAUUUUUUUUUAAGUCAGUCAGUUCUCUAAGUCAAGAAAGGUGUGUGUCAGUCAGUCAGUCAGUCAGUCAGUCAGUCAGUCAGUCAGACAGACAGACAGACAGACAGACAGACAGACAGACUUAUGCCAUUGAGAAAAUGACAUUAAGCUCUAGGCUAUUAAAAGUAGAUUUGAUAUUUGAGAGAGAGAGAGAGAGAGAGAGAGAGAGAGAGAGAGAGAGAGAGAGAGAAUAAUAAUUGUAGUAUGUGUGUGUGAGAAACAUGACUGGCUGCCCAGAUCACCCUUUGAGGCAGCUGAUUGGUUGACAACUUGGUGCUUGUAUCUGAUUGGUCACCAUGACUUAGAUGUGACACGUGAUUGGUUGGAAUUACUACUGUUACUGUUAUUUUUAAGUUCUGACUAAGUGUAAUGGGAAAUGUUGUGUUUCUGAUAAGUUUUUUGGUCAUUUUCAAGUUUGGCUGAGUUCUGACUAAGUUCUGAAUUUAAAUGCAUUUUUGUGAAGAUUUUUAGUCUAGGAAAGUUUGGCUAAUUUUUUUUUUGAAGUUCUGAGUGAAAAUGUUGUGUUUCUGAUAAGUUUUUAAGGUCAUUUUCAAGUCUGGCCAAGUUCUGACUAAGUUCUGAAUUAAAAUAUUGUGUUUUUGUGAAGAUUUUUUGGUCUAGGAAAGUUUGGCUAAUUUUUUUUAAGUUCUGAGUGAAAAUGUUGUGUUUCUGAUAAGUUUUUAAGGUCAUUUUCAAGUCUGGCCAAGUUCUGACUAAGUUCUGAAUUAAAAUAUUGUGUUUUUGUGAAGAUUUUUUGGUCUAGGAAAGUUUGGCUAAUUUUUUUUAAAGUUCUGAGUCAAAAUGUUGUGUUUCUGAUAAGUUUUUAAGGUCAUUUUCAAGUCUGGCCAAGUUCUGACUAAGUUCUGAAUUAAAAUAUUGUGUUUUUGUGAAGAUUUUUUGGUCUAGGAAAGUUUGGCUAAUUUUUUUUAAGUUCUGAGUCAAAAUGUUGUGUUUCUGAUAAGUUUUUAAGGUCAUUUUCAAGUCUGGCCAAGUUCUGACUAAGUUCUGAAUUAAAAUAUUGUGUUUUUGUGAAGAUUUUUUGGUCUAGGAAAGUUUGGCUAAUUUUUUUUAAGUUCUGAGUCAAAAUGUUGUGUUUCUGAUAAGUUUUUAAGGUCAUUUUCAAGUCUGGCCAAGUUCUGACUAAGUUCUGAAUUAAAAUAUUGUGUUUUUGUGAAGAUUUUUUGGUCUAGGAAAGUUUGGCUAAUUUUUUUUUAAGUUCUGAGUCAAAAUGUUGUGUUUCUGAUAAGUUUUUAAUGUUAUUUUCAAGUCUGGCCAAGUUCUGACUAAGUUCUGAAUUAAAAUAUUGUGUUUUUGUGAAGAUUUUUUAUUAAGGAAAGUUUGGCUAAUUUUUUUUUGAAGUUCUGAGUCAAAAUGUUGUGUUUCUGAUAAGUUUUUUAUGUUAUUUUCAAGUUUGGCCAAGUUCUGACUAAGUUCUGAAUUAAAAUAUUGUGUUUUUGUGAAGAUUUUUUUUAUUAAGGAAAGUUUGGCUAAUUUUUUUAAAGUUCUGAGUCAAAAUGUUGUGUUUCUGAUAAGUUUUUUAUGUUAUUUUCAAGUUUGGCCAAGUUCUGACUGUUAUAAUUGAAAGUAUUGUGUUUUUGACAAGAUUAUAAGUGUGAAAGUUUGUGUUAAGUUCAUUGCAGUGAAAGUUGAUGUGUAUACUUAAGUUAUUCACUUAUAGAAACUUAUAAGGGCAUAAAGGUUACAUUGAAAAAAUUAGAGGAAUAAAUGUUUACUUAUUUUGUAUUGUGAGAGAGAGAGAGAGAGAGAGGUCAGGUGCCUUCUAAUGAUAAUGAUGAUGAUAAUAAUAAUAAUAAUAAUAAUAAUAAUAAUAAUAAUAAUAAUAAUAAUAAUAACUAGUAUUCAUACCAAAAUAUCCAUCCAUAGAAAAUAUUCAUGUUUUUACUAUUAUUAUUAUUAUUAUUAUUAUUAUUAUUAUUAUUAUUAUUAUUAUUAUUAUUAUUAUUAUUAUUAUUAUUAUUGCUGCUGCUGCUACUACUACUACUACUACUACUACUACUACUACUACUACUACUACUACUACUACUACUACUACUACUACUACUACUACUACUACUACUACUACCACCACCACCAAACACCACCAAUACACUCCCACCACUACUACUACUACUACUACUACUACUACUACUACUACUACUACUACUACUACUACUACUACUACUUUUUCCAUGCAAUUAGGCAUAUUAGGAUCAUCAUCAUCAGUAGUAGCAGUAGUAGGCCUAGUCAUUACACACACAAUAAUUCAUAAUAAACUUGUAUAUAUAUUUUUCUGCAUAUUUCAAUUUCUUAUUUUAUUUAUUCCAAUGAUUUUAACUAAUACACUCCAUGUUUAGACCUAUGUGUGUGUGUGUGUGUGUGUGUGUGUUAGGUGACCCAGCAUGACCUCUCAUUGUGACCUCUGCUGUUUGAGUCAAGUCUGGUGAGAAAUUGAUGUACACUAGCAUUGAAACCAUUGGAGAUUCAAAUAAGCUAGGCAGUGUUGUGUUGUGUUCAGGGUGUUCGGCUAAGAAUUAAAAUUGUGUUUCGGAUAAGCUGGCCAGUGUUGUGUUGUGUUCAGGGUGUUUGGCAAAGGAAAAACUGUAUUUGGGAUAAAGUGUGUGCAUUUUUGGGUAUUUGGUGUAGGGUAAACUGUUGUAUUUUGGGUAAACCAGCAGAAUAUUGGAUAAAGUUGUGUUUGUGAUGAAAGAAAUUGUGUGUAGAAUAUUUAGGUGAAAGAUAAGCAGUGUUUUUUAAUUAGAUACAGAAGUGGUGUGUGUGUUUUUUUGGUGUUUGGUAAAGGAUGAACUGUUGUAAUUGAAAUGGUGUUGAGGAUUGUGAAAAUUUUGUUAAACUUAUUUCAUAGUAUCUAAUUCUUUUCUGUGGUCUUCUUCCUCCUCCUCUUCUUUCUUUCUUUCUUUCUUUCUUGUGUUCCUUCCUCUUUCCCUUUCUUUUCUUUCUGGUGUUCCUUCUUCUUCCUCUUCUUUCUCUUGUCCUUUUCUUUUUCUUGUUCCUUCUCCUCUUUCUCUUCUUCCUCUCUUCCUCUUCCUUCUGUCUUUUUGUUGAGUUUUGUCUUCCUUCUUCCUCUUCCUCUUCUUCCUUUGUUGUCUUGUCUCUUCUUCCUGUCUUCCUCUUUUAAUUUACUGUUUUAUGUUCCUCCUCCUCCUCCUCUUCCUCUCUUUCAUUCUUCCCCUGUCAUCCUCUUCACUUCUUCAUUCUUCCCCUGUCAUCCUCUUCACUUGUCUUCCUUUAAUUCAUAUGUACCUCCUCCUCCUCCUCAUCAUCCUCCUCUUUCUCUCUUCCCUGUCUUUUCCUCCUCAUCUCCUCAUCAUCAUCCUCUCUCUCUCUUCCCUGUGUGUUUUCCUCCUCAUCAUCCUCUUCCUCUCUUCCCUUUGUCUUUAAGUAAAAUUCAGGUUUGUCUAUGUUGUUAUUAUUAUUAUUAUUAUUAUUAUUAUUAUUAUUGUAACAUUCUAAACUUUUCUAUAAGGAUUAAAUUUUGAUAUAUUGA